CCAGUUCUGAUUUCAAAGGGAAGAGAUCAUUCCGUUCCUGUAAUAAACAAAACAUGAAACUUGUUUGGUGCUUCCUUGUUUUGUGCAUCGCAUCAACAUCUUAUGGAUCUGCUUUACCUGAAGAAGAUGAAUUAGAAUAUAUAAAUGAUAUUGAUGAAAGUGAACUAGAAGAGACUGACCGAAAGAGAACUACUGUAUCUGACGAGGAUGAUUUGGAUGAAAUAAAUGAUAUUGAUGAAAGGGAUGUAGAAGAGAACGAUCAUAGAGUAGAGAAAAGAUGGGGUAAAGUUAGACUAACUAAAUUGGUUUUGAAAAAACUGGCAAGAGACCUGAGAAGAAAUGGAUCACUAGCAAGAAGAGCUGCUAGACGACUUGAAUCCUGGACUGGAGGUCGUCUGAGUGCAAACAGGAUUACAGCUGUCAUAGAAGGAGUAGCUGCUAGACUAGACAGAUAUGAAACUGCAACUUGUAACUUCUUUGCAAGUGUUGCAUCCAGAUUUGGUAUUUCCAGAUGGAUAGGAUACAAAAUUUGCCGACUUGCAAUUUACUUGCUUUUGUAAAGUGAAAUAUGAUUAAAAAUGAACAUAGA